CACUCUCUUUUAGCAACACUCUUAUCUUAAAACUUCUUACCUAAAAUAGAAAUAUACAUAUUUCGAAAGAUGGCUUCAAAAACCUCAGCAUCCCUUGUCAUUUUCCUCACAUUCAACAUCCUCUUCUUCACCUUGACCACCGCAUGUGGCAGUGGCUGCAGCAGUCCAACCCCUAAACCCAAGCCUAAGCCCAAGUCCACCGGAAGCUGCCCAAGAGACACUCUCAAGCUUGGUGUUUGCGCCAAUGUCCUCAAGGAUCUUCUCAAAAUCCAGUUGGGCACACCACCAGUCAAGCCUUGCUGCUCCCUCCUUAAGGGUCUGGUUGAUCUUGAGGCUGCGGCUUGUCUCUGCACCGCCCUAAAGGCUAAUGUCUUAGGCAAUAAGCUUAAUGUUCCAGUCUCUCUCAGCCUUCUUCUCAAUGUUUGUGGCAGGAAGGUUCCUUCUGGAUUCGUAUGUGCUUGAUUUAUCUAUCCACCUUGGUUAUAUUUUUAACUUAUCUUUUAAUGUUUUAUCUUUGAUUAAGAUUCUUUGAAUUCUCCUUUUUUCAGUUGUUCAUCGUAUAAGUGUUGCUUCUACUUCUUGUACUGUUUACAUUUUAAAUUAAUUAGCUCAAAAAUAAGAUUCUUAAAGUAUAAUCAUAAUCUGUUUCUUGUUUCGGCAUCUCCUCAGAAAGUAUCACAAUAAUUUAUUUUAUUCUAA